AUGGGUGGUAACAAAAAAAAGCAAAACAAAAAGAAACAAAUUGCACAGGAAGUUGAAAAUAAUGCUGAAGUAGAACAUAAUGCAAAUGAUGAAGAAAAUGAUAAUGAAGGUGAAUUAGAAGACGAAAGAGGUACUAAAAGACAUCUGGUCGAUGAUGGAUCAGAAUCCGAUGUGGAAGACAGGCCGAAAAAAUCAAAAAAGAAAAAGAAGCAGCCGGCCGCAACAGAAUCUACUGAAAAAAAAGGUAAGAAAUCAAUACGUCAGAUGAAGAAAGAAAAACAUGCGCAAAGGCAGGCGGAGGCGCAAUCUGCUGCUAAAGACCAAUUAAAAUCACAAUGUAUCACCUACCUGUCCCAAUGGAAACAUGAUCGGGAAAAUUGGAAGUUCAUGAAAGCCAAACAAGUAUGGCUGUACAAAAACAAAUUCUCCUCACAACUAGUGCCUGAUGAAUCCUGGCCAGUUCUAUUGGAGUAUUUUGAAUCGGCUAAAGGCAAUAUACGAAACAUGCUUCUAACAGAUGCACACAAUAUUAUUAAAAUAAUGGACGAUUGGACGGCAUCACUAGAGAAAGACGGUGAGAAUAAUGAAGAAACUGAUCAAACAUCCGAAGUCCGAAAACCUGAUCCUACAGUGUACAAUAGAGCGAGAAGUUUAAUACAAUGUUUAGAAGAAUAA